UUUUCAUAACCUCGGUUGUAGUGUCUGUCGCCGAGACGCGAUAACGAUUUCUAUUUCGAUUUCUGUUUUCUGAUCGCUAAAGAGGAAAGACAUUUUCUUAUUACCGUCCUCAAACCCGUCGUCGGUGACCAUCAUGGGAUUUACAGGAUGUUUCGUGUGCGGAUUUAUAUUUGUCCUUUCUUUGCUGGAUGCUGCCUUUGCUCAGAUUGUCUAUUCGGUACAGGAGGAGGUAAAUAAGGGAACUGUUGUUGGAAAUAUAGCGAAAGAUCUGAACAUAAAUGUUCAUGACCUGGAAUAUCGUAUGUUUAAGAUUGUGACUGGAUCUAAUAAGAAGUAUUUUGACUUGAAUCUAAAAACGGGCGUGCUGUUUGUCAGUGAAAGAAUUGACCGUGAGGAGUUAUGUCUGUCAAAUCCAAAAUGUUCUUUGAAUAUAGAGGCUCUCGCUACGAAUCCUCACAAUCUUUACAGAGUUGAAAUUAAGAUCUUGGAUAUAAACGAUAAUGCGCCACAGUUUCCUGUUAAAGUUUUUACCUUAAAUAUUACUGAAAUGGCUAGCCCAGGAGAGAGAUAUCUCCUGCCAGUGGCCGAGGACAUUGAUGUUGGCAGUAAUUCCCUGAAAGAGUACAAACUGAGUUUGAAUGAUCAUUUCACUAUAGAUACACAGAGCGAUGAACAGAGUGUUUUUGCAGAGCUCGUGCUUAACAAACCUUUGGAUAGAGAGAAGCAAGCAACAAUGAAGUUAAUGCUCACCGGUGUGGAUGGAGGAAAACCACCAAAAUCAGGAACAUUAAAUAUCAUCAUAAAUGUUAUGGAUGUUAAUGACAAUAACCCUGUGUUUAGUCAACCUCUUUAUAAAGUCAAACUGAAGGAAAAUUUUGCUGUUGGCACUAAAGUUACAUCUGUCUCUGCUUCUGAUUUAGAUGAAGGCAUAAAUCGUGAAAUUAUUUACUCGUUUGUUGGUCAUGGAAAGAAGCAAGACUUAUUUACCAUUUUACCAGCGACUGGAGACAUUAUGGUAAAUGGGCAUGUAGAUUACGAGGAGAAUCCAGCUAUUGAGUUACGAGUUCAAGCCAGUGAUAAAGGCAGUCCACCAAGAAGUACACAUUGUAAAGUUUUGAUUGAAGUUUUGGAUGAAAAUGACAAUGCACCAGAGAUCAAUAUGACUCCACUGCUGGAUAAUGUAAAAGAGGACACAAAGUCAGGAACUGCAGUUGCUUUAGUCACAGUUUCUGAUAAAGAUGGAGGGAAGAAUGGUAUCGUACACUGUGCUCUGAAGGGCGCGUAUCCUUUUAAACUGGAGUCAUCAUAUAACAAUCAUUACUCUCUAGUGGUGGACGGACCUUUGGACAGAGAGGGUGUUUCUCAUUAUAACAUCACAAUUACAGCUACAGAUGAAGGAACACCUUCACUUUCCAACAGCAGUAUUAUUAUUGUACAUAUCGCUGAUGUUAAUGACAAUGCCCCACAUUUCCCUGCAUCUGUUAUUAACACUUAUCUAAGCGAGAACAGCCAAGCUGGAGGACUCAUAACAAAAGUUACAGCUGAUGAUUCAGACACUGGUGAGAACGCUGAACUUUCAUAUUCAUUAUUAGAGAGUUCAAGCUCCAAUGUUCCUAUAACAACACUGAUUAAUAUAAAUUCUUUAACUGGUGAAAUAUUCAGUUUACAAUCAUUUAAUCACGAAGAAACAAAAAGAUUUCAGUUUAAUGUUUUGGCAACGGACUCUGGUGUUCCUCCUCUGAGCAGUAAUGUGACUGUAAAUGUUUUUAUACUGGAUAAAAAUGACAACAGUCCAGUUAUUCUACAGCCAUAUUCUGAAUCUGGAUCAGUAAAUACUGAGAAUAUUCCCUAUUCAGCUGAAGCGGGUUACUUUGUAGCCAAGAUCCGAGCUGUUGAUGCUGACUCUGCAUAUAACGGACUUCUGUCGUAUCACUUAACUGAACCCAAAGGAACUAAUCUAUUCCGAAUCGGUACCAACACUGGAGAAAUAAAAACCAGGAGACGAAUGAGUGACAAUGACUUAAAAACUCACCCACUUAUCAUUACAGUGUCUGAUAAUGGAGAGCCAUCACUUUCUCAACUAUGUCUAUGGAUGUUGUGGUUAUGGAGAAUAUGGAUGACAUACAGACAUCGUUCAGACAAGUUCCAGUUAAGGAGGAGAGUUUUUCAGAUCUGAAUCUUUAUCUGCUCAUCGCUAUUGUUUCAGUGUCAGUCAUCUUUUUACUGAGUCUCAUUGGUUUGAUAGCAGCUAAAUGCUACGGGACAGACGGGAGUUUCAGUCAGUACUGCGCUCCUGUGAUCAGCACGCAUCCAGACGGGA